GGCUGAACCAUCGGAAGCAGCAGAACCAUCAGAGGUUCUGGUCUCAGCAGAUCUCUGAACCCAGACAGCAGCAGCUCCUCUGAACCCACGAUGGACCAAGAAAACAUUUUCCUCUUCGUUCCCAAUUUGAUCGGUUACAGCCGCGUCCUGCUGGCGCUGCUCUCCUUCUACCUGAUGCCCUGCUGCCCCUGGCCCGCCGUCUGCUGCUACCUGCUCAGCGCCCUGCUGGACGCCUUCGACGGCCACGCCGCACGCCUGCUCAACCAGUCCAGCAGGUUCGGCGCCAUGCUGGACAUGCUGACGGACCGCUGCGCCACCAUGUGUCUGCUGGUCAACCUGGCUCUGCUCUACCCGUCCUACGCCUUCCUGUUCCAGCUCAGCAUGGUUCUGGACGUGUCCAGCCACUGGCUGCACCUGCACAGCUCCACCAUGAAGGGAUCUGGGAGCCAUAAGAGCAUCGACCUGUCGGGGAACCCGGUUCUACGCCUCUACUACACCUCCAAGCCGGUUCUGUUCGUCAUGUGCGCCGGGAACGAGCUGUUCUACUGCCUGCUCUACGUCCUGCACCACAUGGAGAACCCUGCAGGCUGGCUGGUUCUGCUGCAGGUCGUCUGCGGACUCGUCUGUCUGUUGAAGUCGGCCAUCAGCGUGGUGCACCUGGUCACCGCCGCCCAGAACAUGGCCGCCAUGGACGCCGCCGAGCGCCAGAUGGCGGCCAAGAAGCACUGAGGGAGGGGGGUGUGGGGGGGGCUGGGUUUCCUGUUCUGCUCUGUGAUGUUUAUGUUCCAUCCUGUUAAAGCAGGAUGAUCAUUGGAUCAGAACCAGAAGGUCCAAUCAGACUCUGAUCAGAACAGUUCCAGGAGGAAGACCAUCUGGACCCGUUUUCCACCCAGAACCUCUCCGGCCAGCAGGGGGCGCCGACUCCUGGACCCGCUCUGAUUUCUAGAGGUCGUUCAUUGAUGCUGAAGAACAUCUGGUUCUGAAUCAUUUCCUCGGUUCUGAAGUUCUGUCUGCUUCAUGCUGUCGAGUUCCUGUCAUGUUCCACCAUGUUGGCUCGUUGUUCCAGAACCCGGAUCAGAACCCAGACCCGUAUGCUGGGACCCGAAAGAAACAACCAGAAAUGAAACGAGGGGAAAGAGGGACCCCUCUGGUUUCCUGGAGCCUUUCAGGGUUAGCUAACCCUGGUCUCUGGGGCCCUCUGACCUCAGGGUUAGCUAGCCCUGGUCUCUGGGGCCCUCUGACCCCAGGGUUAGCUAGCCCUGGUCUCUGGGGCCCUCUGACCCCAGUGUUAGCUAGCCCUGGUCUCUGGGGCCCUCUGACCCCAGUGUUAGCUAGCCCUGGUCUCUGGGGCCCUCUGACCUCAGUGUUAGCUAGCCCUGGUCUCUGGGGCCCUCUGACCCCAGUGUUAGCUAGCCCUGGUCUCUGGGGCCCUCUGACCCCAGUGUUAGCUAGCCCUGGUCUCUGGGGCCCUCUGACCCCAGUGUUAGCUAGCCCUGGUCUCUGAGGCCCUCUGAGCCCAGUGUUAGCUAGCCCUGGUCUCUGAGGCCCUCUGACCCCAGUGUUAGCUAGCCCUGGUCUCUGAGGCCCUCUGACCCCAGUGUUAGCUAGCCCUGGUCUCUGAGGCCCUCUGACCCCAGUGUUAGCUAGCCCUGGUCUCUGAGGCCCUCUGACCCCAGUGUUAGCUAACCCUGGUCUCUGAGGCCCUCUGACCCCAGUGUUAGCUAGCCCUGGUCUCUGAGGCCCUCUGACCCCAGUGUUAGCUAGCCCUGAUUUAUCGGACGGCUCCAUUUGGGGCCCAAAGGGAAGUUGGGUUUCUGCAGAACAAAUGAAGGCACUUUGUUGUUAAAUUAUGGGAACAUUUUUAUCAGACUUUAGGUUUUUGAUGAGAGAAAUGUUGGAAUGUUGUUUUUUUUUUGUUUGCUGUAAAAUGAAAUAAAUGUUUUUCUUCGCUGAUUUAAACUGGUUCUGCUUCAUUAGAACCGACAAUAGAAAGUCUUUCACUGUGAAAUGUCUUUAUUCAGUGAUGAUGUCAUUCACUGGAUAAUAUAAAUAUUUGACCAUAUACAUGUUCGUGUGUGCGUGUGUGUGUGAGAUUAACAGACAUGUAAUUCAGUCUUAAAGUAAAACCUUGUAUUCCGUAUCAGAUGGAAUCAACAGUUUCAUCAAUUCAUGUUUAUUACAUUAACAUCAAUUUAUCACUGUAGGCUCAUCUGUAUUAUUCUGCUCCAUUAACAUUAAUUUUAUUGUGAUGGAUUUAUAUAAAAUGUUAUAUUAAAUGAUUUAUAGACUUCA